AUGCUAAAGUUUUUUUUAUCUAUCUAUCUAUCUAUCUAUCUAUCUAUCUAUCUAUCUAUCUAUCUAUCUAAGUCUGUUUCUUUCUAUCUAUCUAUCUAUCUAUCUAUCUCAGUCUGUUUCUAUCUAUCUAUCUAUCUAUCUAUCUAUCUAUCUAUCUAUCUAUCUAUCAUGACCCACGACUCUCAAUUCCUCUCUUUCUGUGACUACAUUCAUCUAUCUAUCUAUCUAUCUAUCUAUCUAUCUAUCUAUCUAUCUAUUCUUUCAUUUUUUUCUUUCUUUCUACUUUUUCUUUCUUUCUAUCUGUCGUCCUAUUUUCUUUCUUUCUUUCUUUCUAGUAUUAGGGUUAAGGAAAUUGAUCGAAAAUCUAUCUAUCUAUCUAUCUAUCUAUCUAUCUAUCUAUCUAUCUAUCUAUCUCUAUCCCAUUCAUAUCUAUCUAUCUAUCUAUCCCAGUCUGAACAGAUUUCACCACACGUUCUCUCUCUCUCUCUGUCUCUCUCUCUCUUUCUAUAUCUAUAUGAAAAGAUCUCUCUCCUCUCUAUCUAUAACAUGGAUGGAUAUCUAUCUAUCUAUCUAUCUAUCUAUCUAUCUAUGUAA